CCCAUAAAGGUGUUCUGCGCAUGCACGCUUUUGUGAAAGCUGGAUUUUAAUGUAUCUAUUGAUAUUAAUACGAAUUGAAUAGAAAUUGGCUCCUGAACACACUGCGCAACUAGGUUUUCGCCUGUUUAUUAAUCGACCCGUGCAGUUUAGGCAGGGGGAGGAGGUGCAGGGCUGACUGAUAAAGGGAAGGACUGAGAGUGACAUCACUAAACAGCUCCGCCCACCUGCACAGCCCAGUCUUCCCUCAGUGGAUGCGGCUCUGCUAGUAAGGAAGAGAGUUCUGCUGAUGGCUCCUGAGUCUGUUACUGGAGACCCCUAAACCGGAAGCUUGCGAAAGGGGUUAACCCAGUUUAGAAGCUGAUACAGAAAUAUUUCACCCAAAAGCAGGCCAUCCCCCACAUUUGUGCAGAGAGGAAACUGGAGCAGUUCUAGAUUAUUUCUGUGAUGGCUGUGCACGCCAAGUCCAAGUUUAAGGAGCGCACUUCAAAGGAGCAGAGGCAACAGAGACAGUCUCCUCCAAAUCCCUGUUACUCUCCAGGCAAUGCUACUGAGGAGAGAGAGACUAGGGCUAGGCACAGAGACAGGUGUGAUUCAAGGCAAAGGCAUGGCUCAGACACUGCCCACCUGUCCAGAUCCUGGAACAACCAAAACCAUCAAACAAAGCACAAGGGUGCACAAGGCUUUUUCCUUGACCUGGGCUUUAGUACAACAGAUCAUUUAAAGACAUGGAGCAUCCUGUUUUUCGCUGUGCUUGUGGGAGUGUUACACUGGGGCCAUAUUUCAACACUUUUUGAAAAUGACCGUCAUUUUUCCCACCUUUCAACGCUGGAAAGAGAAAUGGCAUUUCGAACAGAGAUGGGUCUGUAUUACUCUUAUUUUAAGACUAUCAUUGAAGCACCUUCGUUUUAUACCGGAUUACACCAGAUCAUGAAUGAUAACCUUACAGAGUAUCCUAAAGUAAUAAAUACCUUACAAAGAUUCAAUCUUUAUCCUGAGAUGAUAUUGGCCAGCUGGUACCGAAUAUAUACAAAGACAAUGGAUUAUCUUGGUUAUAAGACAAAGCUGUGCUGGACAGUAAAUCGAGGAGAUGAUCUUAGUCCUGUAGAGAGCUGUGAAGGUUUAGGAGAUCCUGCCUAUUUUUAUGUCUCUAUGAUAUUCAUUUGGAAUGGAGUGAUGAUGUUCUUCUUUUACAUAUAUGGUACAUUUUUAAGUGGGAGUCGUCUUGGAGGUUUCUUAGUUGUUCUGUCCUUCUUCUUCAACCAUGGCGAAUGCACACGUGUGAUGUGGACUCCUCCUUUAAGGGAAAGCUUCUCAUAUCCCUUUCUUGUCCUUCAGAUGUUUCUUUUAACCUAUAUCCUCAGGGCGCAGAACGUUAGCAGACAAAGUCUGUUUGCACUUGGUGUUUCCAAUGUCUGUUUCAUGCUUCCGUGGCAGUUUGCCCAGUUUGUACUUCUAACACAGAUUGCUUCUCUCUUUGCCAUCUACAUCACAGGCUUUAUCAGCUCAAACAAAUUUUUGAAUAUUCUAUAUACACACAUGGUAUCGCUGGGAAUAUGCUUUAUCCUGAUGUUUGGCAACUCCAUGCUGCUUUCAUCCUAUUAUGCCUCUUCUCUCAUAGUUCUCUGUAUUAUUGCUAAAAAAGAAGAUUUUUUCCUGAAACUUCAGACGAGGCAUGUUAUACUCUGGAUACUGCAUGUGGUUUCAUGGAUGGUGGGAACAGUCCUUUUAAAAGCCGUAAUAGCAAAGUUACUGGGUGCAGCAGAUGAUGCGCAUAUAGGCAACCUCCUUAAAUCCAAGUUUACCACUUACAAGGAUUUCGAUACCCUAAUGUAUACCUGCGCCGCAGAAUUUGACUUCAUGGAGAGAGAGACACCAUGGAGAUAUUUAAAGACUCUCCUUCUCCCAGUAGUAUUUAUUGUGUUUAUCACCAUAUGUGUACAGGCUCUUCGAGAUCUGCAGAUUUCCGCUUCAGCAAAAACAAAUGCAUCAAAAAGUCCACCAAACGGAAGAUUGGAACAUUCCACCAGCGGAGAGUUGGUGUAUCAUGCCUUGCAGCUGGUAGCAUUUGCUGCCCUUGGCAUCCUAAUAAUGCGGCUAAAGCUAUUCCUGACACCACACAUGUGCAUCAUGGCUUCUCUGUUCUGUUCCAAGCAGCUGUUUGGCUGGAUUUCCACGAAAGUACAUCACUCAGCAUUCAUCUUCAUCAUCGUAGGAUUAAUGGCACUACAAGGCUACAGUAACCUGCAGAGUCAAUGGAGCAUUAAAGGGGAGUUCAGCAAUUUACCCCAGGAAAAACUUCUGGAAUGGAUUCAUUCAAAUACAAAUCCAGAUGCUGUAUUCGCUGGAGCCAUGCCUACAAUGGCAAGUGUCAAGCUAUCCACUGGGCGCCCCAUUGUCAAUCAUCCACACUAUGAAGAUACUGACUUGAGAGCUCGCACUAAAAUGGUCUACACUAUGUACAGUCGUAAGCCGGCAAAGGAAGUGAAAAGUACAUUACUUGGAAUGGGAGUCGACUACUUUAUAUUAGAAGAUACCUGGUGUACGCGGAGGACCAAACCUGGGUGCAGCUUGCCGGAAAUAUGGGACAUUGAAGAUCCAGAGAAUGUGGGGAAAGUUCCAUUAUGUUCUAUGAUGGGAAAGGAAUCAAGACCCCACUUUUUAACAGUAUUUAACAAUGGUGUUUACAAAGUGCUGAGUUUGCGAGGGAGUAAGAAACACUGAGUGACAGAGAUAAUCCCAAGCUUUCUAAGUUUUUACGAGAAAAUAUCUGUAUUAGUUUUAUUAAAAGUGCAUUUUGCCUAUAUUUGUAGCUAACUAUUUUGUAUUAUCCCUAUUGCUAUGCAAGUCUGUAUUGCUUGUACCUUCCAACCAUAGGCUGAUUUUUCCUUUAAUCUCUACCUUUACAAAUCCAGCCAUGUCCAAUCGCAGGCUUUAAUAUUAGCGAGCAGAAGUUACUGGAAUUGCACGCCAAAGAGGAUAAUGUGCAAUGAGACUAGCAGCCGAAUAUAUGUUCGUCUGUAAAUAUGGCACAUGCUGCAAGUACUGCUGACAGUAUUUAUUGACCUUGAUGAGGAGUAAUUUUUGUGCAUUUUUUUGUUGUUGUUCAGUAAUAAUAUAUACAGUAUGUAUUACAUUCCCUGCCAAAUAAUCACAAGCAGCAGCUGUGGGUGGAAUCAUUAGCUAGCCUGUAUAAGCUGAAAUGGGGUUUUUAUUGUGGGCAAUAUGUUUACUAAUAUUAAACUUGAAUAGAUAGGAGGCAUUAGAAAUCUUCCAUGUAUUGUUUUAUUUGUUAGAUAUGUACACAUACUUCUUAAUUGCAUGCACUGCUUUGUAAUAGGGCUGUCUGCUAGAAAAUCCUUAAAAGGGAAAAUCCAGAGUGUGUGCCAUGCUAUAUAAAUACUGCCAGAAUGGCCUGCUCUGUUGUUAUAGGAAUUGUAUAACAAUACAAAUAAUAAUGCAGUGUUAUAGAGCUGAAGCCUGCAAUAGAUAUGAAUAUCCCCUUAAUUCUGCAGCAAAUCCUGGCUGAGCCAAAAAGAAUCUCACUGGCCACAUUAACUUGGGAAAAUAACCCAUGAGAAUGUUAAAACUUGGCUGUAUUUUUUAAACAAAGCCGUGCCCAUGACAGCGCAGUAUCACUAUAGGUAUCCGCAAGCUGUCGGUCUGUAUGGGGGUUUUUAAGCCUUUCUAAUAGCGAUCUACGAUACAGCAUCAGGCAUUUAGGGGCAGAUGUAUCAAGGGUCGAAUAGUAGAUUAGAAUUCUCAAGGGUCAAAAUUCACACAUUCGAAUUUUAAUCCCCCUAUUCGAAUGUAAAUUCAAAUUUGAAAUGUAUCGCGCUUCGACCAUGGAAACAGUCCUAAUUAGAACAUACGCUAGUCGCUACUUAAAAUCUGCAAUUUACAAGUCAAUGACUAGAGUCCGUUGAGCCAUUUGGAGAUGUUAAUAGCCUUCCUGACAUUCAGAAGAAAACUCAAUUUGAGUUGCGUUACAAUUUGAUUUGAGUUUUCGAGGUCGUUCCUAUUUGAUCGCAUUAUAGACCGUCACGUUUUUCUUAAAUAAAGAGUUUUGAGGACGAAUUCAUUUAAGGUAAAAAAAAAAAAAAAAAGCUUUAAAAUAACCCCCUAAAAGACAUUAAAAAACCACCAGUAUUUGUAAUUCGUAAAAA